UAACCGACAAAGCCACCCAGGCACCCCUAGAUUUCUCUUUACUCCUUAAUAGUCAAUCCCCAUUAGAGUUAGUAAUUUUUUUAUAGUAAGCUUUCCUUUCCAUUCUUCCCUGGUACUAUCUUAGUUUCAGAAACAAAGAAAAGCACUUUUGACUUUUGGCUCAGAGGAGGUGAGGGUGCAACAGUCUUUGCUUGUCCUGAAUCUAGGUGUAUCCUACACCAGUGGCCUCCACCAUGCCACCUAAGUUCGACCCCAGUGAAAUCAAAGUUGUAUACCUGAGGUGCACCGAUGGCGAAGUGGGUGCCACAUCUGUCCUGGCCCCAAAGAUUGUCCCAUUGCAUCUGUCUCCAAAAAAGAUUGGUGAUGAUAUCACCAAAGCAACUGGUGAUUGGCAGGGUCUGAGGAUUACAGUGAAACUGAUCAUUCGGAACAGACAGCUCCAGAUUGAAGUGGUAUCUCCUGCUUCUGCCCUGAUUAUCAAAGUCCUCAAGGAACUUCCAAGAGACAGAAAGAAGCAGAAAAACAUUAAACACAGUGGAAAUAUCACUUUUGAUGAGAUUGUCAACAUUGCCUGGCAGAUGCAGAACCGAUUUUUAGCCAGAGGACUCUCUGGAAACAUUAAAGAGAUUCUGGGGAUCACCCAGUCUGUGGGCUAUAAUGUUGAUGUCUGCCACCCUCAUGACAUCAUAGAUGACAUCAAUAGUGGUUCAGUGGAAUGCCUAGCUAGUUAAGAACUACAAAGGAGAAUAUUUCAAUACAGGAUCAUUGGACAGCAACAAAACAAGAAAAAAAGGAAAUAAAAGCAAGAAAAAAAUCCAAGAUUUCAUUAUAUUUUCAAAACUUUGAGUCUCACUCAUUUAAUCCCUAGUUCCCAAGGAGAUGGUAGUCAUAUGGACAGUAAGGGGAGUGCAUUAACAACGAAGGGACAGCCAUGGUGGAGAGAAAGGCUGAUCCACAUGAGGACUUUGAGAGUCCUGGUAUAUCAGGGCAGGCCUUAAGGAGUGUUGUUUACUUGAGUAAAUUGAUGGAGAGGAUAUUGAUACUAAGGUUGGACCCUAGAACACUAGUGUAUUCGUUUGUUAGGGCUGCCAUGACAAAGUGCCAUAGACUGGGUCUGGAGGCUAGACAUCUGAAAUCAAGGUGUAGCUACGGUGGAUUCAGUUGGUAUUAAUAAUGUGUGUCCUCCCAAAUGUAUAUGUUGAAGUCCUAACCCCUAGUACCUCAAAAUAUGACCUUAUUUGGAUAUAGAAUCUUUAUAGAGGUGACUAUAUUUGGAGACGGGGUCUUUAACAGAAGUAAUUAAGGUGAAAGGAAGUCAUAAGAGUGGGGCCCUGAUCCAAUAGGAUUAGUGUCCUUAUAAGA